GAAUAUUCUACAAAGUACGUUUAUGGACAUAUUUAUGCAGCAUAAAUAAGCACUGGUGGUCAAAUUAGGAGGGUGGAGUUUGUUGUAGCUGCGCGCCUUCUGUCAACCAGGAAGUCCUCAAUAAGAUACAUUCACUUUCCAGAUGCAGAGGAAUGGGCUGGGCAUAUUUCUGCCAUGAAUAAGAGGAAGUCUUGUGUACACAAUGUUGUAAAACCAUCUAAGACUCCUCGGACGGAUGGUAAAACACACGUUCAAGAUGAGGAGGAGGUUGAUGAGGAGGAUGAAGUCCAGCAAGAUCAGUCACUCUCUGCUUCGAGCGUGGGAGAUAUCGGCAUGAUAGAAAGCAUCACUUUGAGGAACUUUAUGAGCCACCAUUUGCUUGGACCUUUCAAAUUUGGACCAAAUGUAAACUUCAUUGUUGGGAACAAUGGAACUGGGAAAAGUGCCAUUCUGACAGCUCUUAUAGUGGGUCUUGGUGGAAAAGCAACCAUAACCAACAGAGGAACAUCUCUGAAGGGCUUUGUGAAAUAUGGAGAGAGUUUUGCAGACAUUAAAGUGAAAUUAAAAAACAGAGGAAACGACCCCUAUAAAGGUGACAUUUAUGGAGACAGCAUCUGCAUUGAGCAUCGGAUCACAAGCGACGGUUGCAGGACUUGUAAAAUCAAGAAUAAAACUGGUAAUGUCAUUUCCACAAAGAAGGAAGAGUUAACUGCUAUGCUGGACCAUUUCGGCAUCCAGGUUGACAAUCCCGUUUCAAUACUCAAUCAAGAAAUGAGCAAACAGUUCCUGCAUUCAAAAAGUGAAGCAGACAAGUACAAGUUUUUCAUGAAAGCAACUCUUCUGGAGCAAAUGAAGAGAGACUACAUUCACAUCAAGCAGACUAAAGCCUUGACGCGUGAACAGGUGGAAAAACAAGAGGAGUGUCUUAAAGAUCUCAGGCAGUUGUUUUUGCAAAAGAGAGAAAGAUAUGAACGCUUGGCGUCGCUUGACAAUAUGAGACAGACUCUAGAGGACCUGAAAAAGAAAAUGGCAUGGUGUUUGGUGAGAGAGAAGGAGAGGCUUGUUGAACAACUGAUGGAACAAAUUGAAAAAGAAGAGUCUGAUCACAAAAAAGAAGAAAAGCUGCAGCUCUGUCAGAGCAAAGUUACCGCUGCUGAAAAAAGAUUGCAGGACAUUCAGAAGGAGGUUUGCACGCUUAGAGAAGAGCAGGAGCAUUUGGUAGAGGAGAGCUGUAAAAUGAAGGAAGAAAUUAAAGUCAAAACGAAAGCACAGAAAAAUCAGGAGGUGGUUUACUUCCGCGCUGAGAAUAAAUUGAAACAAUUAGAAAAGGAGCAAUGCCUUCUUCAGGAGCGAAUUCACAAAAUAAGUCAUGGCAGUGGCAGAAGAAGCCAUGAGACUGAACAAGCACAGCAUCAAAAAAAAAUAUCUGCCUUCAAAAAGCAGCUGGAAAAGCUUGAGGAAGAGUCCAGCACUCUGAAUCAAGAGGUUAAGGACAAACAACAAGCUCUCCUUAAAGGAAGAGAGGAAUAUGAUAAACUGAGCAUGGAGGAAAAGAACAUCCAGGUCUCUCUGGAGUCCAAACUGAAGAGAAAAAAGCAGCUAAUGGCCAGCAGAUCCAACAGACUGAGACGCUUUGGCGAUCACAUGCCAGAAUUGUUGGAGUCCAUCAACAAAGCCUUCACUCAGGGCCGAUUCAUCAAGAAACCUGUGGGACCAAUUGGUGCAUGCAUCAGCCUAAAGGAUCCCAGUUUGGCCGUGGGUGUGGAGUGUUGCUUACGAGGUUUCAUUAAAAGCUUUUGCUGUGAUAAUCACAGGGACGAAAAAGUCCUGCAAGGACUGAUGUCCUCAUACUUCCCCAGAGGCAACAGGCCUCCGAUACUCGUGUGUCCAUUCAUGGACAGAGUUUAUAACCUGCAAGGCCGUGGAGUCCAUCAUCCUGAGUUUCCAACUGUGCUGGACUGCCUCAAUAUCGAGAACCCGGUGAUAGCAAACGUCCUCAUUGACACGAGGGGCAUUGAGAACAUUCUGAUUAUCAAAGAGAAAGCUCGUGCAAGGAAGGUCAUGCAGGGGUCGAGACCCCCAAAGAAUUGUCGCGAGGCCUUCACUGCAGAUGGUGAUCAGGUCUUCACCAAUCGCUAUUACACACCUGAACAUGAAUUACUGGCCCAAUAUCUUGGUGGAGACCCAGAGGCAGAAAUACGUCUAGUGGAGUCAGAGCUGGAGAACAAUCAGGCUCAGCUUUCACGGUUCCAGCUUCACUUGGGCUCUGUGAAGGAAGACAUUCAGCUGUUGGAGGAGAAGCUGCGUAGUGUCAUUGUGGCCUGCAAAAAGAAUCAGGAAAGUAUAAAUAAGGUUAAAGCUUCCAUAACCGAACUUGAGAACAUUGAAGAGGCACAGGCUGAAGACAUCAGCUCCCUGGAAGAAUAUGCACAAGAAAAUGAACAGAAGAUCGAAUCGGAGAGGAAAAAUGUGAAAGAGGCUCAGGAUGAGUUAAAGAAACAUGAGAAAGUGCUUAUGAAUAUUAAUCAGAAAUAUACAGAUGUGAAAAAUAAAAUGGAGCAACUCUCAGAUGAGACAGAUCAACUGAAGGAGGAGCAAGGUAAGGCAGAGGCUGUGUGCAGUAAACUUGAUCAAACCCUGAAGAUCUUGGAGAAGAAACUUGAGGAUCAUCAGGCUACUGUUCAGGCCAUGAAAGAUGACCUGUCACUCAGAGAGGACGAAGCACAGGAUUGUGAAGCCAAAGCCAAAGAGAUCUGUCCUGUGCGACUGCAGGUAGCUCAGAGUGCCAAAGGUAUUGAUGCAGAAAUCACACGCCUGCGACAAAUAAUCAGUACAGAAGAGAGCAGCCAUGGCGACAAGGAACAAGUUAUCCGAGAGUACGCAGAGGCUCACAGUAAUUACAAAAGCAAAUCCAGCCAGCUGAGGGAUCUCAGGAAGUUUAUUGAUCGUCUCGACCACAUCAUGAUUGACCGUCAGGACCGAUACAAAUCAAUGCGACGGUCACUUUCUGUGAGAUGCAAGCUGUACUUCAACAACUUCAUGAUGCAGCUGAACUGCUGUGGCUCUAUGAUGUUUGAUCACAUCAAUGAAACUCUGUCCAUUUCUGUGAAACCCCCCGGUCAGGAAAAAAACAACGUCAAUGACAUGCGUUCUCUCUCGGGAGGCGAGCGCUCCUUCUCCACCGUCUGCUUCAUUCUGGCACUCUGGGAGAUUACAGAGUCACCCUUCCGGUGCCUGGAUGAGUUUGAUGUCUACAUGGACAUGCAUAAUCGCAGCAUUUCAAUGAACAUGCUUGUGGCCCUUUCAGAACGUCAACAUCUGCGACAGUUCAUCUUCAUCACCCCUCAGUCCACCAGCCAUCUGCCUAAAAGUUCCCAUAUUACGAUCCACCAGCUUCAGGAUCCAGAGAGAGAAGCGGAGGAGGAGUGAGAUGUGUGUUAGCGAUGUGAAUGAGUGAAACCCGCAGGACGGUUUGGGCUGAUGGGACGCGAGUGAAUCAUGGGGGGUUCACUGAACAUGACGGCGGUGCAGAAUAAUCCUCAGGAUCCGGUGACUCAGCUGGGUUUAGUGAAGUCAAGAGCAAUCGGGUUUAGUGAAGAAUACAGUGCUUGAAUGAUGAAAACACCAUAAAGAUCAUGUGUGUCAAAGGUCGAGUACCAGCACUCGUGCAUGAAAACACAUUUACUGAUUCAUUCAUGUCAUUUCACAUAACUUUCUAUAUUCUGUCAGUGGAUUCAAGUGUUGUUUUGAUUUCAAAAUACCUUUGUUCCAUGGAAGAACGAAAGGGUUUAGAACAUUCUUUUUUUUUUUUUUAUGAAAAACGUAUGCUUCAUUUAUUAAGUUAUUAAGACCUUGGAGAAAUAAGCUCUACCAGAUGUUUUCUCUUAAUUACACAACUAAUUGCGUUGACAGUAUUUAACUUAUUUUAGAUAAACAUGUCUAAUCAGGUGUGAAAAUGUACUCUACACUACCGCUGAAAUGUUUGGGGUCAGAAAUAUUUUUCUGAAACAAUUAAAUCUUUUAUUUAGCAAAGAUGCAUUAACAUGAUCAAAAGUGACAGUAAAGACAUUUAUAAUGUUACAAAAGUUUUAUAUAUCAAAUAAAUGCUGUUCUUUUGAACGUCAUAUUCAUCAAAGAUAUAAAAAAAAGUUCCACAAAAAUGUCAAGCCGCAAAACUGUUUUCAACAGUAUAAUAAUAAUAAAUGUUUCUUGAGCUGCAAAUCAGCAUAUUAGAAUGAUUUCUGAAGGAUCGUGUGAUUCAGGAAUAAUUUACAUUUUAAAAUAUAUUCAAAUAGAAAGCUGUUAUUGUUAUUUUGUCAUUUUGAUCAAUAUACUGUAUAUGAUGAUGAGCAUGAGAUACUUUUUUCAAUGGUAUAAUAUCAGCAAAUGAAUAGGCAUAAUUAGUCAUGUUUUUAAUAUGUUAUUGUAAACCCUGUUUUGGACUAAUGAAACACAGCUGUUGUGUGGGUGUUGAAUUUCUUAAAUCCUCUUCCUGCCAUUCCAAUUCAGCUUCCAAUAAAUCUCCAAAUAAAAUGCCGCAAGUCUUUUGAACAAAUGGUGAGGAAUGGUGCUUCUGGAGGUGACGCCACUAUUCCUGGCUUCAGCUGCCAAUGGGAGAAUAAGCUUUCAGAAUACAGCCAUAAUGUCUAAUUAUAACUAAAGAAGAUAACUCCGCUGGGUCGGCUGACAUUUAAUCAAUAACAGAGGUGAUGGAUGAAUGCAGCGGCUGCUUUAAAGAGCAGUGCGGAGAAUAGAAAGAGGGUGAUAA